GUGGCCACGUGCUCGCGGUGGUGGUGCGCGUUCUCGCUAUGCGACCCGGCUGCUGUAUGUGAGCGCGGGAAAUUUCAUUUGUGUAGAACCGGAUUCGUUACCGUAUUACUUAUUAUAGUUGCACUAACAUUUUUUGUUUGAUUUGCUACCGGUUCUGAGGUCUCUGUUUACCGUCCGUAUCCGGUGUCAGUGCCUGCUGUUAGUUUUUGUUUACCAGGCCGGGGCUUAAUGUACUGAAUGUUAUCCUGACUGAAAAAGUUCUAUUGGCAGCCAUUAUUGUAAUUUAUAUUUUAUAGACUCACAGCAAUAACCCCCCCCUAUAGUUUUAUUUUGGGGAGAUCAGGAAUUGAUGGCUGCAUAAAAUUAAGGUUGUUUGGGUCAUCAUUUCUAAAAGGUUUCCAUCGUCUGAUUCUGCGCCGGGUUUGCCAUGCCUAUAUCCGCGAAGAGCAUUGCUGAGGAGCUGGAGGUGUUUGAUGUGAAGUUUGAGGACGAGGAUGCGGCUGAAAAAAAGGUUCUGAAUAAAAAAGCUGCAAAAUCACGUCAGACUUUUAAGAAAGAAAAGCAUUGUGGAAACAGAGAUUUUAACACCAUUCAAGAACUCAUUGAGGUGGAGACUGAAGAAGAAAAUCUCUUGGACUCGUAUACAACUCCUGCUAAGGGCUCACAAAAGCGUCUCCUAUCUACACCAGAGAAUCCACAAUCCAAACGAAUUCAGUCAAUAACCCGAAGUCCUCACGUCCUAUUCUCUCCUUCCAGCUUUUCACCCAGUGUGGUUUUAUCUGUACUUUGGUGUGCGUACAUGGACACAUUAAAAUCUCCUCCCAAAAUUAUCCUGGAGUGUGACCAUUGGGUCAAGAGAGUGAUAGUGCUGACUAUACCCUCUAGCCCAGUAUUUCGGUAUGACUUCCCUGGUAAAGUAGUGGUUAUGGAGGGCACCAAUAGCACUGGCAGAAGGUUUGUGGCAACAAAGCUUUAUGAGGGUAUCGCACUCCCUUUUUACCAGCCAACAGAAGAAUUCCAAGAGUGUCAGCAGCAGAUGAUCCUGACAGCCUGUGGCCCCUUCACCACGUCUGAUACUAUAACUUAUGAUGCCCUGAAGGAUUUGGUUGACAUCAUUAACAGAGACCGACCAGAUGUCUGCAUCUUGUUUGGACCAUUUUUGGAUGCAAAGCAAGAACAGAUAGAGAAUCUGCAGCUAACAGUGACAUUUGACGAUGUUUUUAAGCACUGUUUGAAAAUGAUCAUCGAAGGAACACGUCUGUUUUUUUUCAGUAGUCACUUAACAAUAAAGCGAUGGCGGAGCAAUCCGAGGUCACAUGACAGCACCCGGAGAACUGGAACAAUAAAGCAAAGGCGGAGCAAUCCAAGGUCACAUGACAGCACCCGGAGCACUGGAACAAUAAAGCAAAGGCGGAGCAAUCCGAGGUCACAUAACAGCACCCGGUGCACUGGAACAAUAAAGCAAAGGCGGAAUAAUCCGAGGUCACAUGACAGCACCCGGAGCACUGGAACAAUAAAGCAAAGGCGGAGCAAUCCGAGGUCACAUAACAGCACCCGGUGCACUGGAACAAUAAAGCAAAGGCGGAGCAAUCCAAGGUCACAUGACAGCAGCCGGUGCACUGGAAGAAUAAAGCAAAGGCGGAGCAAUCCAAGGUCACAUGACAGCAGCCGGUGCACUGGAAGAAUAAAGCAAAGGCGGAGCAAUCCAAAGUCACAUGACAGCACCCGGUGCACUGGAACAAUAAAGCAAAGGCGGAGCAAUCCAAAGUCACAUGACAGCACCCGGAGCACUGGAACAAUAAAGCAAAGGCGGAGCAAUCCGAGGUCACAUAACAGCACCCGGUGCACAGGAACAAUAAAGCAAAGGCGGAAUAAUCCGAGGUCACAUGACAGCACCCGGAGCACUGGAACAAUAAAGCAAAGGCGGAAUAAUCCGAGGUCACAUGACAGCACCCGGAGCACUGGAACAAUAAAGCAAAGGCGGAGCAAUCCGAGAUCAGCCCAUCAUAUUGGGUUGUGGCUUCAGUUAGCAGAAAUUUAUUUCAUAUACAACAAUAUGGAUGGAGUAUAUUGCCAUCUCUGCAGCAUAGACAACGGAUGUGGGGGUGUCAGACGGCCAGUGUAUGCUAAUCUGCAGCUUCUUUCUUUUGCCCGUAGCUACUACCCCCUGUACCCACCUAACGAGGAAAUAAACCUAGACUAUGAAGCUUUGUAUCACUACGCACACAUGCCUGUAACUCCUGAUGUCUUCAUAGCACCGUCUGAGCUACGAUAUUUUAUCAAGGUGAGCUCUUCCCAGCCUUGUGCUGUAGGUACUGCUAAGUGUGACAGCCAGUAGCAUUAAAUAUCUUGUUACAGGUUUGUGUUCUUCCAUUCCUGCUAUGUGCGUAGGAAAUAAUGUAUGCUCUGCCUAUUGAUCUCUGUACACUUGCCAAUACCUAUAAUACCCAGGAUCCCUCUUUUCUAGAUAUGCGCUGC